CCGUCUAUGGUGUUCAACGAUGUGACGUCAGUAAGCCAAGUUGAUACAGAAUCGGGUGCUGAUCCACGUAUUUGUUUAGUUGGCAGCCUCGCAGAUGAAGUAGAAACACUUGAAGCAGCAAAGGGAGAAAGCAGUUGUGAAACCAGUCCUGAAAAGGGGGUUGUUGAACCAGUCCUUCAUAUUUGCCCUCCAGUACACUGGCAAACAUUCCUUAUUUUUGCCUUUAAGUGCAAGAGGGUUGAGAGAAUGGUACAGCAGUAUUGGUUCAUCAUGCAGUCCUCCCAAGGAAUUUGCACAGAAAUGGGGUCAACUUAUUCUUGGCUGCUUUGAAGAAAGCGGCAAUUUUUUAACAUUUGAAGAGAAAUGUUUGUUUAGGCAUCCUCUUCCAGAAGAGGGCAGUCUCAUCAGCAUUAAAGAACUGAUCUGGCAUAUAUUCCUCCUCGUCUAUGACGGCCUUGAGUUGAGCAGAAUAAUCCUGAUCUGCAGAUGCUGACUCGCCCGACACCUGAAUAUAGUGCAGUCUUUACCUCGUCUUAAAGUUCUCGAACCAACUCUUACUAACAUUAAAGAAAUUCAAUGUUCCUAUCGUGACUUCGGAGACAGGGCUAGAAUAUGUAUCAGAUUUAAGUUACUGCACUUAUUUCAUUUUGGCUGAUUUUGAAAGCGACGAAUUUGAAGAGUUAAAUAAAGCCGGAGCCAGAUUGCUGGGAAAACCGGCGCUAUUAAAAUAUUCCGAGACUGGAGUGUUAAUGUACACUCGGCGUCCUGUCUUCUGUCAUGUCAUGAAAGAUAUCAUUAUAGUUUUUACUGGAUUUAGAAAAAAGACGGAAGUUUCUAGAUUACUCAAGUUAGUCCACUACAUGGGCGGUAGUGUAAAAAAUGAAAUCAAGGAUAAUGUGACUCAUCUUCUGGCAUAUGCUUCCACUGGUGAAAAGUAUCAGUAUGCGGUAACCUUUAACAUUCCUGUAAUGGGGGAAGACUGGGUACAUGCUGCAUGGGCUCACCGUGAUGAAGCAGAAGCCCGAGCGGAUACUGAAACCAUGGCGAAGUACAAAUUGAAAGUGUUUCAAAACUUGCGUAUUGUGCUAGAAGGGUUCCCAGAUGAAGAGAAGAUCCAAAUGGAGGACCUGGUGCAGAACAAUGGAGGAAUACUCACCACUCUUGAUGACCAGCAGGCUACACAUGUGGUAUUGGAAGAUCAGACCGUGACAGAGAAGCCAGCUGACUGUCCACCACGAGCACAUGUUGUCAAAGCUGAAUGGUUUUGGACUUCAAUACAAAUGGAAGCUUGCCCCGAUGAAAAACUUCAUCUUUUUGAAGAAACGAAUAUUAGUAAUAUAAUGAGUCCACGGCAGAUGUUUUCAUCACCAAACACACCAGGGUCUCGGAGUCGUCGACGUAAAAGACUAAGAGAAACUGUGCAACAUUUAGCUCAGGAUGAUUCCCCCUCCACUUUACCAUCUGCUCCACCUGCAAGCAAACGAAGAUCGUCAGUUGGUGAUUUGGCAUUUUUAUCUGCGGAUGGCUCUCUACUUGAUGACACAGUUUCGACGCCAAAUAGACUUGCUGGCAGGUGUUACACUGAACUAGACGGUGGUGACCAGACUCCCCUUAGUCCUCCUCUUGUUGAUCUUCGUCAACUUUCUGCAAGACAGCGUGUAUUCCAUGAAUUAGUUAAAACUGAAUGCAAUUAUGUCAGUAUUCUAGAUGCAGUAGAAAAGGUUAUAAAAUUGCCGCUUGAAAACACAUCACAGCCAGGAGGUCCCAUGUUAGAUGCUCAAGAGCUGCGAUACAUCUUUGGCAAUGUGCCACCAAUUCAUGAAGUUCACACAAGAAUGCGUAAUGAUUUACUCCAUCUAGCACACAAUUGGACUGAUGAUGCAAGCAUUGGAGAAAUUAUACUUAAAUAUUCCACUGACUUAGAAAAAGCUUAUCCACCUUUCAUCAACUUCUUUGAAAAUAUGAAAGAGAUGUUGCAGAAAAUCUCCAUGGAACGACCAAGAUUUCAUGCAUUUCUCAAAAUUGCCCAAAAUAAGCCAGAGUGUGGUCGACAGAGCUUACAGGAACUCAUGAUCAGACCGGUUCAGAGAUUGCCUUCCAUGAGCCUACUUAUUAAUGACAUUUUGAAGCACACUGAAAAAACCACUCCGGAUCAUGCAGCUUUGGAACAAGCUCUAGACAAGAUAAAAUCUGUGAUGACCUUCAUCAAUGAUGAUAAAAGAAAGACUGAAGCUAAAUUCAAAUUAUUUGAAAUACACAAUGACAUAGAAAUGUGCCCGCCAAACCUGGUAGCAUCUCAUCGUAUGUAUAUGAGCAAAGUAGAUGUGACUGAGUUGAGUGACUGCUGUAGUGGUCGGGGUGAUACACUCACCUUAUUCCUGUUCAACGAUGUUUUGGAGAUAUGUAAAAAGAAGAGUAAAUACAACAGUAUCAAAAGCCCUAGUAGAGCCAACUUACAUAAUUUUAAAACCAUCAAAACCUACAAACAUCUUGAAAUGAUGAACUUAGCACAUAUCAAGAGAAUUGUUGACAUUCGGGAAACUGAAGAUUGUCAUAAUGUAUUUGCCUUGGUAAUCCGGAGCAAUCAGGAACUGAAGGAGCGUCUCUUCACAUUUACCCUAAUACAAGAUGAUACUACCAAGUCUAAUUUUCUUAAGACAUUAUGUCGAACUGUUGCAAAUAUUGCCUGUAGAAAUGAUGUAGAAAACUUUCUUGUGUCUAUGGAUCCACACCUUCUUGAUAUUGAGACUAGCGAUGUUAGUCUUACGAAUGCACUAAGUAAAGCUCUCAGAUUCGCAACACGUACUGGAAGAAAAGUAAGCCGAGCCUUUAGCUUCAAUAAGUCUCCUAGUAAAUUAAAGAGAGCUGUCUCCACAGUGAUGAGUCCAUUUGGUACACUUCCACAACAAUCAUCCAUGAGAGGAGCUACAAGUGUUAACAAUCUAGCUGAUUUGUCUCUCUCAGGGACACCUCCCACUGGGGGCUUUGCUCAGCCCAUGGCCACCCCCACUUCCCGCAGACGCCCCCUCAAACACGUAUGAUUCAUGAAGGGAGGCUAAAAUUUAUGCAUCCAUGCUUAUAAGUGAUGUUCUGAAGAAUGUCAUUGCUCUGAUAACUUAGAAUAAACAAAAUUUUUAGUCCCUCACAUGGAGAAAGUGGCUUCUGGCCUUCUUCGUAAUUAUGAUUGUGGACUUGUGGUGCUAUAGAUGCUCAUCAUUCAACUUCAUUCUCAGGCACACUGAAGACUUCACUACUGCCUCUAAGUGGCAUAAGGGAACAAUGGAGACUUGGUUAGAGAACUCAUGUACAAAAAUGCCUACCCAUUUGGACUGUUCUGCAUUUGAUGUUGAAACUGAAGAUGCCAGCAAUAAGUCGACUCCAUACAGUGCUAAAGGAUAAUGUAAUGCCAAAUGUAUCACAAAUACAAUACCUGUGCUAUACCAAACAAAUUGUCAUUUUGUGUGAAUGGACAUUGCUAAAUGUGAAUGGUAGCCUUAUAAUUAGAAGAGAAUCAUUCUUAGUAAUACCAGUAUGUCAUAAAUUUAACAAUACAUUAUUAUUUUUUACUUUAUGAGAGUGAAUAAUAAAUACAAUUAGUACAAAACUUACUUAAACAAGGUAAUCCAUUCACAAAUUAUACAAAUCACCAUUAUGAUAUUUCGUCCAGUGUAUGGUCCAUUGUGCUUGUUGUAUGAAGACUUGGGUUGAAAUUCAUUCACUUUGUGAGUAUAUUAACUGUGCAAAUGAGAUUACUACCAUUAUUAA